AUGCGUACCGUGGUAGAUAGGUACCUACCUAGGUACCACCGGGCGGGGCGGGGCGGAAUCAUACUCAACCUCUCUAUCACGAUUGAAACAUAAAACUACUGAGGGCUAGGCAAUGAUCAACACGAAGCCCGACCACCGAUUUGAUGGAUGCACGUUCUUUGUUUCCAGAACCGCUUGCCGAACCUGUGUCGACACUUCCUUGCCGCCAAAAGCGCCGACCUGAACUUUUUUCUGUUUAGACCUAGUUCUAGACUAAGGUACCCAAGGUACCGCCUAGACCUAGUUGCAGGCUGUUUGGCUGCUCCAAAAUGAACAGCCCAAAAUAAAGGAAUCCAAUCCAACCAGUUCAUUUCCAGAAGCAAGAAGAAAAAGAAAGUUCAAACGCAGCAGCCGGGAGCCGUGUCUGGUCUUUACCCCUGGUGCGAUUCCUGGUUGGUUGGAGAGGGGGCUUCAGGCCGGUUGCCUGUCCGUGCUCAAAACGCCAGAGGCCUCAUCUGAAAGCGACUGAACGUGCAGAAGAAAACGCCAACGACUUGACCAGCACGAUGCAAUCGCACGCAAGGGGUAACUAUGAGCAAGCCAAACCCCGAAGGAGGAACACAGUCAAGAUUCUUCCAUGCGGUGCAGUUCGGAUGCGGGUUGGCGAUCUGGGUUUUCGAGAUAAUCAAACUGGGCGGGCUUCAUCUUUUUCGCACAUCGGCCCCUUUUGAAAUCGAUAAAUCUGUUUCAAUUUAGGGAAGUGGGAUGCUACGACGUAACGUAGGUAAGGUAAGUAGGACAGUAAUGCAUCUAGCCACUUGAGGACGGGUUACCUCGGGUAGAUACAGUACGUGCCUUUGAGCUGAGGUAGGGUAGUCGGGCCUAAUUGCCACGGAAGUCAAAACAACUUAAACUUACACACCUUACCUACGUUCUCGAAUCAAUCACAGAUUGACUAACGACGGGAACAAUGGAAGAAAGACCCAACCACAAACUUGGUCAGUGGCUCUUCUGGAAACUAAAUCUACUACGUAGGUAGAAAAAAAAUACUUUGGUAAAUAAUCAAAGCAACUCCACGCUGUCGGGCAAUCUGACGUACUAGAUAGGUCUAGACAAAUUGACACCAGAUAACAUGCAUGCGUACCUACCUACCUAGGUAUGUACAUUCUAUGCCGUAUACCAUGUACACACAGACACUUUAUCUUCCCUUUUCCUUUUCUUUCGCUGGCUCCAUUUUCCAGCUCAAACACUGUCGAGGACGAAAAUGGAACCCUCCACCGGUCCUUGCCGAGGACAGUGGUGCGCGGACCACCUCAAUCAACCCCCACCCCGCAGGGCCGUCACAGUGCAAGCUGAACGGGCAGGCAUUUCGAGGUGGUGCCGCCAUGGACGGCGGAGAACCCUUGCGACAGAUUCAGGACGAUUUCCCUGAGGUUCAAUCCACGAUUCAGAAACCAGGGGGAACGAUGGAGAACGAGUCUGGUAAAGGAAGGAAAAAAGGGACUACGAAGUAAUAUUCCGUUGCACUGUAAUGAAAUAAAAUUGAAUAAACGGACCCGGCGAAGCUGAAUACGCAGCAGAGUCGUCCAAGAGACUCGGUACCGUAUGCGGACCUGAGCUAGCCAAUGCAGCAG